GUGUUGACCCAGGGUGAGACACCUGGAGUUGCCCACCCCUGAUCUAGAGUUGAUUGACUUUACUGUGUGUUGUCUAAUACGGUAGUGUCGACUCUGCUUCUGCUCAGACAUACAAGCCUCAUUUUGUCUUUCUUCCUCUUCAGGUUAUAAUGACAGUAUUCAGGAGCGUAAUGACUUGUGUAUGGUGGGCGAAUACACUACGCAGGACAAUGAGCCGGUAAAGAAGGUUUGUCAGUUUAAACGAAGUACACUGCGUCAGUGUUCUGGUUUGCCUGACCCCAGCUUUGGGUUCAAGGAGGGGAAACCCUGCAUCAUAAUCAAGCUGAACCGGGUAAUCGGCCUGAAACCAGAAGGAGAUCCCUACAUCAACUGCACUGCCAAGAGAGCCACUUCCUUGCAGAUGCAGUACUUUCCGUCUGAGGGUCGUCUGGAUAAGAUGUUUUUUCCAUACUACGGGAAGAAGUCUCACCCUGACUACGUGCAACCGCUUGUUGCAGUCAAGUUAUUGUUCACAAAAGAAGACUAUAACAUCGAGCAGACGGUGGAGUGUAAAGUUGAGGGUUCUAACCUCCGCAAUGAUGAUGAGCGAGACAAAUUUCUGGGUCGCGUCACUUUUCGGGUCAAAGUGUCAGAGUAACCAGACAUAACAAUUGCCAUGAACACCACAAACUGGGUUUACACUGGCAAUUGGUCUCCAGUUCUGGAUACUUUUUAACAUGGACCUGAUCUUAUCUCUGUCUGUUCAGACUCUAAAGAAGUGAUCAACUCUGGAGAAGUGGG